AUGCUUUCAAGGGCGGCACGUCCGGCUCUGAGAGCUGGAGCUGCGGCUAUUCCUGCUCGCGUCGCCAACAAUGGAGCCGGCUACGCUACUCUGCGUGAGAUCGAGGGUCGCCUCAAGUCCAUUCGCAACAUCGAGAAGAUCACCAAGACCAUGAAGAUCGUCGCCUCCACCAAGCUCACCCGUGCCCAACGUGCCAUGAACGACGCCGCCAAGUACGGUCAAACAUCCGGCGAGGUUUUCGUCUCCGCCGAAACAAAGGCUCUCGAGGGUGAGGGCAAGAAGACCCUCUACGUCGUCUGCAGCUCCGACAAGGGUCUCUGUGGUGGUGUUCACUCCGGUCUUGCGCGAUGGAUCCGUCGAACUAUCACCCCUGGCUCCGCCGACCUCGUCCUCAUCGGCGAGAAGGCUCGUGCCCAGCUUUCCCGUACCAACCCCAAGGACAUUGCCCUUACCUUCGCCGGCAUUGGCAAGGACGUCCCCAGCUUCGCCGAUGCUCAGGCCAUCGCCGAUCAGAUCACCCAGCUCCCUGGCGACUACUCCGAGAUCAAGAUCCUCUACAACAAGUUCAUCAACGCCACCAGCUACGAGCCCAACGUUGUCCCCGCUUUCUCCGAGGAGGCUAUCCUUUCCUCCCCCAACUUCUCCGCUUUCGAGGUUGAUGAGGCCCUGAUCGGUAACAUGAGGGAAUAUGCUCUGGCCAACUCUCUCUACUGGGCCCUGGCCGAGGGACACGCCUGCGAGAUCUCUGCCCGAAGAAACGCUAUGGAUAACGCCUCCAAGAACGCUGGUGAGAUGAUCAACAAGUACCAGAUUCUUUUCAACAGAACACGUCAAGCCGUCAUUACCGGAGAGCUGGUCGAGAUUAUCACUGGUGCCACCGCCUCCGAGGAUAUGUAA